UCAGAGAAGGAACUCUCUGUGAUCCACUGCUCAGCUCUGGCCUACAUGCUGCAGAUGUCAGAGGACGUUCUGGAUGAGUUGGACCUGGAGAAGUACAACACAUCAGAGGAGGGACGACGGAGACUGAUCCCAGCUGUGAGGAACUGCAGAAAGGCUCGACUUACUGUCUUUGGACUCUCAGACACUGACUGUGAAGUUGUGACCUCAGCUGUGAAGUCCAACCCUCAUCUGACAGAGCUGCACCUGAAACUUGACGAACUGUCUGAUUCAUCAGAGAAGCUUCUGUCUGCUGUACAGGAGAGUCCAAACUGUAAACUGAAGACUCUGAAACUUACUGACUUUAAACUCUCAGACACUGACUGUGAAGUUGUGACCUCAGCUGUGAAGUCCAACCCUCAUCUGACAGAGCUGCACCUGAAACUUGACGAACUGUCUGAUUCAUCAGAGAAGCUUCUGUCUGCUGUACAGGAGAGUCCAAACUGUAAACUGGCUCUGGGGUGAGU